AUGGCGAAACUGAGCUAUCUUUUUGCAAAGGUGUCUGUUUUACUUGUGGUCGUUUGUUACACAACUAGCGCAGCGUCUAGAGAAGGAUCUGGGCCAUGCAUUGUAAGAAGAACAAAAUUGCCGCGUUUAGAUCCCGUCAAGGUAAGCUAUACACAUGUACUCUUAAAAACCCAACGUUUUCAUCUCUUGGUCAGAGAUUGUCAUCUUUUAUUAGAGUUAACGAUUAAAUCACAUUGUAGGUUGGUUAUCUUCGGGAAAUCGAGCUCUUGAGAGAGGAGAAACCUUUCACCGUGAAAACAUUAAGUGUGAGACCUCCUAUAUUCGGUAAGUUUGCUAUCGAGUAGUCUUCGCUAUCGUGAUGAUUCCGUCGAAUUCUAAUUGUAAAUAAAUGGUUCAGGAGAUAAAUAAUAAGAUCCCCUCAAAGUCCCUUGUAGUCGAUGUAAAACCUGGCCGUGCCGGGAUACACGAAUUGCCAUAGACCUCAAAAAUUGACUAGUCAGGAAUUGUCAGUAAUUAAAGCUCUUUUAACUGUCUAAUACCUACGACAUUUCCAUAUACUGAUAAUAGACGGUGAAAUAACAACAUAGAUCGCCGUCUAGAUCCCACAAGAGAUUAUAAAACUUAGGACGAGUUUUAAUCAAUUAGCAAUAAGUCGAAGUAAGAAAAGGAAACUGUAACUAGAAAUCCAGCAAUGACUUUUGGGAUAGAAAUGUAACCUAGCCCUAUAAUUCUUGUCAGUUAAAGGUGGCUCCGUUAUUGAUACAAACGUUUUGAGCUAUAGCGAAAUUUUGCCAUAACGUUUUCGGUUUUAACGCGGUGGCAACAAAACUUGUGAUGAACUAAAGCUAUCAUUCAGCAAUAAGCGAAAAUAAUCCGACUUUACUGCUGUUGAUAAAUUUUUUUUAUGAAAUCAGCCCUUAAUUGGACCCCAUGUUUUGAAGAAAAUUGCAUUGAGUGAAACAUUUUGCUGAUAUUUUGGCCUGAAAUUUCUGGUGUCAGCUUUUAUUUAUGUAACAAGUAUGUCAAAGAAAUUUCAGAGCAAUCGUUGAAGCAGAAGUCCGUAACCAAAAAGUCCUUCAAAAUUCAGCUGUGAAACUGUUUUGGAAUUUCGACAACGAAAAGCUUUGAGGUAGUACGAGCCCGAAAUUCGAAUUUUCGGGAUACGUAAUUCCAGCAGUGCCUGGCAAUUCUUAAAACAAAGCCGAUCAACAAUAGUGACAUUCAUUAACAAGUGCUCUUCUCUUUUGCAAACACUACAAAUUCCUCCUCUGAACAUGAGUGAUUUAUUCUUCGACAUUUUUGAAAUAGUCUUCUGGAUUACUUUUUGUAGUUCAAUCUCCUGCUACAUACAUGUAUUUGAAUGUAUUACAAUGUUUUAAAAGUCAUUCGACCUUAGAGAGACAGAUUUGGAGCUAUUCAUAGUGCUUCUAAAACUGAGGAGUACCUCUCAAAGAAUUGCACUAUUGGUAAUCGGCUUUGUUUUAAGAAUUAGCAGGCAUUGGAAUUACUUAUUAAAAUUGCCUCGAAAAUUUGAAUUGACGGCUCGUUCUACCUCAGAGCAAUGCGUUGUCAAAAUUCAAAAACAAUUUCACAUCUGAAUUUUGAAGGACGUUUCAGUUACGGGCUUCUGCUCCAGCGAUUUCUCUGAAAUUUCUUUGGCAUGCUUAUUACAUCAAUAAAAGCUGAUACCAAAAAAUUAUCAGCAAAAAAAAAUAUCAGCUAUAUUUUUCACCAGAUGCGAUUUUCUUCGAAACGUAGGGUCCAAUUAAACGCCGAUUUCAUAAGAAAUAUUUACCAUUAGUAAAAUAAAAUUAUUUCAGUCCCAUUAGCUGUAGUUCAUAGUAGCUAUCGCGUUUAAGAUCGAAAAAGUUAUUUCGAAGAGUUUGUUAAUGCACAGAAAAUUAACGUGUUCAGUUUUCCCGAGUGUUAAAGCGAUGUUGGCGAAGGGCAAGUUCGUUAAAAAAUAAAAAUAAUAUUUUUUUAUCGUUCUUUCUAGUUUGACGUCUAGUUAUACAAAAAAGGGCAUACUUCACAAAUAAAUCAAAGAGCCCUCAUAAAAGGCCUGAAAUAAAGAUUAGAAGGAUGAUUGAAUGUACUUUACAAGUCUAUUUUCAGCAGGGUAGUGGGCAGUGGUUGAUAAUAGCUGUAUGUUUUACAUACAGUUCCCUUCCACAUUCAUUCAUUCUACUUUCAUUCUCCCUAUAUUAAUUCUUCUUACUUCUUGAAAACUAAAUUUUUUCCGCAGAAAUUCCUAAUUUCUUGAGUGAAGACGAGUCCAGACGUCUUCUUUACUUUGCGGAACACGGAAACAUCGAAACCAGUGAAGUUUAUCACCAUUCCAUGGACGAGCUGCUCUCUCAGACCUCCUUUGAACAAUGGGAUCUGAACAGAGACAACGUUAUCGAUUCUGAUGAGGUAUAAGUUCUACCUAGAACAGUACAGAAUGACAUUUUUUUGCAAACAGUUUCCUGUUUGUUGCUGUUCCUGUUUAGAAAGUUAUUUCCGCCAGACGAUGUCGCGAGGAGAAACUUCUCGAUAAUACUGAGAUUAAAUUUUAUAAAACAACUUACUAUAGAUAGUACGCGCGCUCUCAUUGACCGAGAGGCGUGUUUGCAUGAGGGUAUGUAUGGUUGUGACGUCAAGAUGUUUAGCUUUUGGCGCGCUAAUCACGCAAUAAAAGCAAUAGAAAACGUUUUUCCUGUAUUUGCGCGCAUAGCCUGAUAUAAACAUGAGAGGGGUUGGGAGAAUUCGAGAAUUCUCGAAAGAAUUCUAGACAGUUGUGCAAAUGAGCAAUGAGAAUUCUCGAACAUAACUGACUGUAAUUCUCCCAACCCCUCUCGUGUUUAUAUCAGGCUUUGCAAACACGGAGAACGUUUUCUAUUGCUUAUCCAAACCGCCAAAUCCUUUUUCUCAGCAAAAAAUUAAGUGAUUUCAGUUUAUCGGAGGGAUGAUUUUGCAUUUUCUCACUGGCAUUUUUUUUUUUUGCUGGUAGAUGUGAAAAUGUACACUAAAACGUUGAGGAGAACGUUUUAUGGCGCUUUGUUGAACCUCCCCUUAUUACCCUUGCACUGAUGUUUAUCUGGAGAAAAAAAAAACAUCAGUCUCAUGUUCCAAAAAAUGUCCAAAUAUCAUUGUUUCAGCACCGAGGCCUGCAAUAGCUCAACUCGGAAAAAAAAGCAAAUAUUUUAGAAACUGUGCCCCAUGCUGAACAAAAGAAAGAAAACACUUUCACUCUAAGAGGUCAGCGUUUGUCGGCGGUAUACAUAUGUAAGCUGCUAGUUAUUAGCGACCAACAAUCACAGGGCGCGUACUGGUGUCGUAUACAUCACAAUGUAUAAAAAAUGCGAAGCUAAAUAUAUCUCGUAAGUAAGUUUGGUUAGAAAGUGUUUCAACCGGUCUAAAACACUACUGUGUUCAAAAUGUCAGUUGCCACUUGGUAAUUUACGCCCCUCCUCACUAGGCAUCAGAUCCACGUAUCCAUAUUUCUUACGUCAUUCCUUAUUACAGGUCAUUUCGGGCAUGCGCUACAUUCGCGACUUACAUUUCACAUUGAACGACGUCAAGAAAAUGUGAGUAGAGCUUCAUUAUUUGCCCCGUCAUAUGUUUAAGUGUGGUCUCAUGGAGCUAACAAAAAGUCAGAACUGGCCAGACGGACAGGUUGUUUUAAACUAAACGAAAGAAAAAAGACUGUUUCGUAAGUCUUCGCUAAAACUCAUCUUUGCCCUGCAUACUAUUUAGAAAAAGAGAGAUCUACCUGCAGUGGAUAGGUCAGACUAGUAGGGAAUUCUUUUUACGCAACAGUGCAGGACUGGUCUGGCCUGCCAGACCUGACUUAUUUUAGUCGCCCUUAGACUAAGUGCCAGCAUGGCCUUUGGUGCCGGUUAAAACUAAGUUGUGAACUGCAUUCUGUGCACUACAUGCACACCUCAUCACCCUGUCUGGUUUCUCCAAAGUUACGUACGUCUUAUUAUGUUGUGCUAUUUAUUAUCUCUCCAAUCCUCGGGGCCUAUCCUCGACUUGACGAGGGGAAAUUUACGUCACGGUAUCUCCUCCUUUCGAGGGAGAUAUGACUGACAGUUUUUAUACUGUGUGUCCUAAAAAGUACGAUCGAAACUACGCGAAAGACAAUUUUGAGGUGGCAAACUCAAACUUCUAGAGACUUCGAAACCAGACAAUUCAGGGAGGAUGGAAAUAGGCUAACCAUGUAUCCAAUGGCAUUGAGGAAGUGGAUCUUCUGUGGCUUAGUUGAAAUACUUAGUUCCUAGCUUACCUAUCCCCUGACCCCUCUCUAACCUUCGAAAUAUAGUCGACUCCGGAUAAGUUGAACCUUCAAGGAAAAUCGAAAAAAAUUCGAGUUAGCGGAAGAUCGAGUUAUCGGGAGAUCGAAGCAAAUAACUAGAAAUAAAGAAACGGGAUGUGGGAGGAAUGCAAGUAUCAUGCACACUUCACUUCAAGAGCAACAAGAUAUAUAUUGUUAUUUUGGAAAAAGAAUUUUAAAAACAGCUUGAUUAAUCAGCACAUGGAUAAACAUUCUAUUCAAUUGGACUGACAAAAAAGUAAAGACAAGGAAUACACGGUUGUUUUGAAAUAAAUUCAUUGUUUUGAACUGCAGCUCACUGCAUUGUUCGAGUUUUCAAGGGUAAAAUUGUCUAGAAAUGAUCUGAAGGGAAACGAAAAUUACGUCGAGUUAGCGGGAGAUUCGUGUUACCGAGGGUAAACUUACAGUAAAUGUAUGAAGGAAAUCCAGGGGAAAUCGAUUUUGGUUCGAGUUAGCGAGCGUUCGAGUUACCGGGAGUCGACUUUAGUUCUUACUUAGCCUAGGUUUACUAGAAUUACACCUUGGACCAAUAUAAAUUUCAGGUUAACAUCAAUAAAUGCUGGAAAGCGCAUACCAGGUUAGUCAUAAUUUAGGUAAAAACAGUUAGACCGCUAGCUGGAAGCUAUAGUGUGCUUCUCUUAGAAAGGUCCGACAAAUUUCCCGUCAAGGCCGGAUACAAAGAGUGCACGAUCUUCGCUUAUUAAAAGAGGCUCCCAUUUGAAGGUAUCAUGUUUAGAAGUCAUAUUUUACUACGGCAAUCUACUCGAGUAGUCAAAAUGGUUUUAUUUAAGAACCUGUAGCUGAACAGUUUCAUGAGCUUUGCGCAAGCCCCCGCCCCACUUGACAAAAAAAACAACAACCCAUGUUUCGGUGUUUAUAUAUAACUCAAGGCAGGGGCACCCAACGACGGUUUCUUCCUAAAUACAUUGAAGACACUUUUAGGCUAGAAUCCAGGGUACUUUUAGAUCUCUAGAAAUGCAUUCUAAGCAGCGUUUUAAAUUUUGUACCUGUUUGGUCAUCCUAGGCGAACUUGAGUCUUUUCGAAAUUACUUUACAAGGGUUUCAGAAUUCUUCUCCCGAAAAUUUUAGAUGCAAUUUAACGUUUUAGGAAAAAGAGAAUUUUUCUUAUUCCUUUUCAUAUUAAAUUUUUUAAUCCGGAAAUUUUAGGUUUCCUUUUUCUAAGAAAAUUAGCCUAAUAUGGGGAUUAAAAUGUGAAAAAUCGUAGUGAAUUUAUUAGAUGAGCUGAGAAAAUUCUACCUGAAUGGAAUAGCCAUCUAGAAUAAGCCGUCCUCAAGCAAUAGAAAAUUCUAGGCAAUAUUUGCUUCCCCGAACAGAUCUUUACAAACACAGUCGUCGGGUGCCCCUGUCAAGGUAGACGGAGAGUGCAACAUUUGUUUAGUCGAUUACACAAUUAAUCUGAUGUUUCGCGAAAAAUGUAAUAUGAUGGGCCCCUUAAACAUGCAUUGCAAUAUGGUACAUUACGAAAGCAAAACUGGUUUAGAAUUGACAGCACUAUACAAUUGUCGGCACUCCUCUCUGUCAACAUUCUCAACUGAAGUUGCAAAAAGUAUUGAGCAGAAUCAGGUAGCUUUUGCAUUCUCUUGACUUUUUCAGGUACUAUUCGUCGUAGCGAGUUUAGGCCUUCAGAGAUCUUGCAUUACGUAGAGAAAAUACGCCUGGAAACACAAGUCAAGGGUCGUCAUAGCAACCAAACUUUCAUCGAACUUCACCCUGAUGACAAUUUAGCUGUGCGGCUCGAUAAAAAGUGAGUUUGGGUUAUAUUAUUAGCAGUACACAAGCUUCAUAUAGUCAGAUAUGUAAGUGUCCGCUAGCCCUAAUCCAAGGCUAAAAGCACGCAAUUUUGUCUAACCGAUGCAACAAUGAAAUAAAAAUGACAAAUAAUUGUGUCUAAUAUGAAGUGGGGAUGGUACAAUGAACGACUGGCGAUCAGUCAGAUCUUUUCCGGCAUAAAAUUACUUUGCUUGUUAACUAUAUACAUAAAUAUAAAGCUAAAAGAAGAUACUUAAAGAUUGUUCUUUUCUGUUGUUUCAGAAAAGCUGCUCUCACGGGACUUCCAAUAGAAAUAAUAAGAGGCAGUGAAACACCCGUGGUAUGUAAGGCUCCUUUCAUGGUGUAGAGUUUGUACCACCACAUGGUGAGCUCAGCUGGAAGACCACCGGUCUUCUGAGCGGGAGGUCACGGGUUCAAACUACGGCCGGGCAAACACUCAGGGUCUUUAAAUAACUGAGAAGAAAGUGCUGCCUUUGUAAUGACAUCUGCAAAUGGUUAGACUUUCUAAAAGAACCCACGCCACUGUUCGAAAAGAGCAAGGGACGUAGACCCCGGUGGUGUGGCCAACCUUUACGGGUUGUGGGAUUGGGUCGGGAUGGCACCUUGCAUGGGACCUAUGAGUCCCGUUCGUGCCUUUUCCCUCUGGGCAGGCCUGUGUUCAGCAAGCUGUCAAAAAAAAGAUCAACCAGUUUCGACCAUUCCACACUGAAAGUUAAAAACAUCUGUUGCAGCCCCAAAGUUUCAAUUCAGCACUGCAGGCAAAAGUCUGAUUCAACCCCGUCUGGAGCCAUUUGAGCACAAUUGAGGCCAAAACAGCUCAAUCAAAAGACUAUUUCAGCCCACGCUGGGGCCCAUUUCUGCCCUUGGGUCCAAAUCAGCCCAAGGUAAUUGGACUGUAUUGGCCCUGAUUUAAGGAAGCCAAAUUAGACUCAUACAUAGGACUGUGUUUUACUCACCGAAACGACCCCAUUUUUAGGGCUAAAACAGAUCUUUCUGAUUUACAGUGCAGAUAUCUAUGAAGUAUUAAAACAAAAAUGCACAGUAUAGGUUAUCCCCCACCCCCCUCCCCUUCCAACAUUAUUAAACGUCAAAACGCUCUUGCUCCAACGCAGUCUUUUGAUCAGAUUUAGUCUGAGAAAACAGCCGCCAUUUCACGACACCAUCAAUGGUUUUCUCGGGAAAUGAUGUCUGAGGAACGACUGCAGAGAGUCUACACUGAUGACGCGUCACUACCCAGAGAUCUGUGUAGUGCUCCUCGUUGGUUAAGGUAAAUUUCCCUCGCGGCUCGACCCGUGUGCUCAGAUCAUGUUCUAAGCAUUCCAUUCACUCCAUUCAUUCUGCGUGCCACGCAUGUGUAAUAACAGCCAAGAGAUUAGGAUCGCGCGCUUCUCUGGUCGCCUGCAAAUCAUAUUUUCUCUUGAUAUUGGUACCUGAAUACUGGAUUUAAGCUACCUUGCCUACGCGUUAUCAUGACUUUGUAUCUAUUUAUUGGACUGACACCAUAUUCGAUGAUAAAGAAAAAAGUAGGACUAUGCAACUGCGUUGAAGGGGUACCUUAAUAUCUCUCUGGCUUCUUUGGAUUCGGCAUGGAAAUAAUUUUACCUUCAACUUUAUUUCAGUUUCCUAAAACAAAAAAGAGCGAGGCCAAUAUGCAGGCACUUAGACUGAUGGCUAAGAGAACUUCAUGAGAGAUCAAACAGGCAAACCUUGAAGGGGGAAGAAAGUACCAGCUUGCUCGCCGUAAUCAGCCGGCGAGUAAUAACUGGGAUUACUGACAAAGUUUCAAUAACACCAACCAAGAAAGAGAAAUAUAGCCAGGAAGCUGGGAAUAUUAUUGAGCUAAGUCAAUACACACCAAAGACCCAGCUGAUUUUUUUGCAUAUUAAGACGUUUUCUUUUUGUAUUAUUGUAGGCUGUGCGAUAUGGCCCGGGCGGUCAUUACCACUGCCAUUAUGACUCACACACACUCUACGCUGGGAACUCUUGCUGCGAUCGACUCGCCUUGGAUAAUUGUCGUAUUUGCAGGUUAGCCGUGCACCAUGUUAAGCACUUCAUGUACAUAAUUUUCCAUGUAAAAAAAUCGUUGCUGCUCUAAAAUUCGUUUACUUUCUCGAGCUUAUGUAAAACUGGAGUCAAAGUAUUUAAUUUGAGUCUAGGUAUGUCUUACGUCAUGUCAUGUUAUGUCAUCUAGUUAACAAUACCUAAAUGAGGCUAAGUAUACUGACAUGAAGCAUUAUGCAGGUCAAGGAGGGUGUCUGAUCGGCCGUGGUGGAUAACAACCUCCGAAAUCUACAUAAUAGAGACACUUAGAUUCUAUAUAAGACGAGGAAGACUACGAGUACGAGAUUUUCUCCAUACAGGCUGUCCAUACUGAGUAUCGCUCACGCGUGAAGCAGCGUCAGCGUCAGCGCCAACUGGUUAUGAGAAUUAGCCAGGGAAUUAAUGCGAAUAAGAAAAGGCGAAAUAUUUUCAAUGUUAUGUAGUGUGCAUUUACCUGAAUGUGUACUACAGUACCUGAAAUUAGCUGGUAAUUUGCUGCACAGUAUUCGUGAUUAUCUCGGUGACGUGACAGCUCAUGGUAGAGUCCAGGGAUGACCGAGCCGAAAACGCCUGGGGACUAGGCUGCGUGAUUAUGAAUACAUUGUUUCCUCUAGGCGUCUCGGCGAAGGACUAUUUUGUUAACUACUUAAACGGCUUUCAUAAUUCAAGUCUUCAGUUGUCAUUGUAGUCAUACUAUUUCUAGUGUAUGAAAUUAACUCUUUUACUCUUAUUUCGUUAGGUAUAUAACUAUUUUGUACUUUCUCAAUAAUGUCGAAGAAGGUGGCCAAACUGCUUUCCCCGUUGCUGACAAUGAAACGUUUAAUCAUGAGGUUUGUAUAAUUGAUCGUUCAUACAUACAUACAAACAAAAUCUUGAGGCAACACGGUAAUGCUCUGUGUUCUGCGCAUGUUCUGAUACUGUACAGACGUGUUGUUUGUGCUCUGCGCUAGGAGUGAAAUUCUGAUGACUUAUAAUGACUCGAAAGUCAAAUUCUAUUGUCAUUUAUAUAGAUAAGUCUUCCUUUUCUUUUCUUUCUUGAUGUUUUCCUCUACUCGCAUCGAUUAGCCAAAAAUCAAGCUAUAUGGGAGCAGAGGAUGUUUGUAUGUACAUGUAUGUUUGAAUUUAAUUUAAUAUGUUCCUCCGUUAUAUGGACGUUAAUAAACUUUAAUNGAUUUUUUACGAAGUUCUAGAUAUUUUUCCUCGAUUGUCAUAUUGAUUAACUUUUAUCAUGUUGAAUGUGGGGAUGGAAGACAACCUAGAAUUUUGGUAGAAAAUUUUUGAAUUCCGAGGACCAAAACACGUACGUUUUCCACUCCCGGGUUUCUCACAGAGCCGUGUUAUUACUUUUUUUUCGCAUUAGUACGAGCCUUUGCCCUUUUUCUUUUCAAGGCCAAAACAACUUUAUUAGUCUUAUGGACAUUCACGUCCAACAUCUCGCCUCACUUUGCCGAAUUUGUGGGGAUGAAAUUUAAGAUCAUAAGCGCAAGGUAGAUACUAACCGCUUUGUUUCUGAAAUUCACUAAUCUGGAAAGAUUUAAUGUUGUUGGAUUCUCCAAAUGUUCACCCACCGUUAAAGAACAAACAAAGAAACAAGGCAAAUCUCAAUUGUAAAUGAUGUAUUUCGCUACUCAUGGAACAUGCACUGAUUAUCUGCGAUAAGAUUAAAACAUUGCAGGUACUACAAGAAGCAAAGAAAGCCCCAGAUGCGUGAAGUCAACACGAAACAACACAAAAAAACAAGCAAGAAAAAUUAAUAAAUUUGAAUUACUUUCUAUUCUUGUUAUGAUGACUGGUUCUUUGAUUCUUGUCCUGUAGAAGUUAAAAGGUAGUACCAAUCCUGUUUUGUACGAUCUCAACAAAUUUUCAUACUCUCUCUAAGGCUAUUUUUACACGGGACCAGUUUGCUUCUAUCAAAAAUCUUGCAAGCCAUGCCAGUGAAGCCACGACCUCUGCAAUCGGUCCGGAAUCAGUUCGAACACCCCAAUGAUUCCUUGCAAUGAUUAAUGCUCUUAUUCUCUUACAUGAAAUGUUUUCUUUGAAAUAUUAAAUGUGAAACCUAGACGAGUACUGUAAGCUCAUCUUUAAUUCUGUCCGACUCCGUCCGUUGUUUUGAAAAUUUUUGAUCACUGGGGCGAUGUUUUGAUUUGUUUGUUGAUAAACACAAGCCCGCCUUCUCAUUGGUUGAAAAGUGUCGCGUGACCAGUUGGCCCUGUCCUUAAAUUUAGGGAUAUUCCGGACUGAUAAUGACUCGAAAGUCAAAUUCUAUUGUCAUUUAUAUAGAUAAGUCUUCCUUUUCUUUUCUUUCUUGAUGUUUUCCUCUACUCGCAUCGAUUAGCCAAAAAUCAAGCUAUAUGGGAGCAGAGGAUGUUUGUAUGUACAUGUAUGUUUGAAUUUAAUUUAAUAUGUUCCUCCGUUAUAUGGACGUUAAUAAACUUUAAUUCAAUUCAAUAAACAUAAACUGUCUUCUGCGCGAAUGCUGAAAACACUCAUCGCCUCAUGGAAGGGAAUCCAAGACAGUCUUGAAUUCUGGAUUCCACGCCGUGGAUUCCGGAUUCCAUGUACUGUAUCCCAGUAUUUGUCGGUGAAACUUGGAUUCUGGAUUCCAAUCGUUAAUGGGAUUUCGGAUUCUUUAAACUGUAUUCCGGAUUCCAAGGACCAGGAUUCCUGGAAUUCCUCAAGCAAAAUUUUCCCAGAUUUCUUAAUUCGGAUUCUCUUACAUAGUACCCCAGAGUAUCCUUUACCGUUAUAGACUUUCCGUGUUGUUUUAUAACUUUUCUAAUGACAAUGAAAACAAUUGAUUCUCCUCAUCGCAACAGAUAGACGAAGGUCACUAGCUGAGACCCAUGAAUCUAAACAAAUCAAAACGACACGGCAUUGUUCAAUGAAACACAAAUUUCAGACGGGACCGAGGCUUUCAAGCAUUAACGUUUAGGGGAAAAUUCUGCUUACUUAUCGCUAGCGCCGUGGACUGGGAACAAGAUUUUUUUAAACAUAUGGUUAAGUGAGACCGGACCGACCAGUAAUUAGGACCACCUUGACAGAUCAUCUACUUUGUCUGUAAAUUUCACGCAGACCGAUGCGUUCGACUUCCGUUGAUGCUUUGCAAUAAAUUUGCAGAAAUCAAAUUUAGCAUAAUGGAAAGCACCUAACUAACCUGCUGAUUAUCUUGAAAUACAUCUUUGCACGAGCACUUUUGCACGGAAAGCCUAAGGGUUCAGCUUUUCACAAUAUAUCCUUUUUAUAUCACAAGUCUAUUUUCAGUCGACAGUGAAUCGAUUGUAUUAUAUGACACACUUAAGUGUCCUUGUUGAUUGCCAUUGCCUAAGUUGUUCAAAAGGUGGAUAGCGCUUUCCACUCAGUGAUUAAUCUCUAUCAAGUGGAUGACGCCAUUGGCUUUCCUUCUACUUAUCUGAGGUAAUCCGGUGGAUAACACUAUCCAUCUUUUAAACAACUGGGGCCUGAUGGAGGACAAUUAUUUUUGCACCCAGCACCGCUUACACACCUAAUAGAAACUCAAUAGAAAGUAGCUGCCCUUCUUUGUCACCACGUGACCUGAAAGAUCACCUCUUCUUAUGGAGAUUUUAAGUACUAUUAUUACUUCCCCCCCCCGCCCUUGCCAGGAGGUUCCUUUUUGCAAUUCGGUUGCGAUCAAAGGAGCACAAAAAGUGAGUGACUAGUGAUUAAGUGAUUAAGGGCGAGAGACCACGGGAGAGGGGAAGAAAAAGGAACAGCUUUCUCCUUCCCGCCGUCCUUUGCGCGCAAUUUCAGACACGUAGCUAUAGAGUCGCCUCGAAACGAGUUAGUUAUCAUUAGACAUCAUAUAACUCUAUCUCAUUCGAUGACGUCGUUCUGCGGCAGAAGAAAAUGCUUUUGAAGCCUUCCUUAAAAUUCGAACUACGAAAAGCGUAUAAAAUUGGAUUGAGACACAGACUAGCGUUGAAAAUACAAAUAAACAAAGACGAUAAGACGGAGUAUAGAAAAAAGUCUGUUUGCUUGUCAUACCCUGCUGCUAGAAUCGUGUAAAAAAUUGCAAAAGGUCCAUAUCCGAUGCAAAACCCAGCAGAAACUAGAAGAAAUGUAACAACAAGUUUGCUCUUCUCCUCGUCCCUUUCUCCAGAUGUAGUUUCCGAGCAGAUUGUGUUGCUAAAAUACAGACCAUUUAUCAACGAUCCAUAAAAGUAAACCAUUGCUGUUAUUGGAAUAUACGUUACAAAUACAGCAACUAUGAAAACGUAAACUUUAACAGUUUGAUUCAUGUGUAAGCUCCAUGGGCCCACGCAUGUGGAGAGCGACUGGCUCCAUUCCUGAAAAACGAAGAAUGGCAAACAAAAAAGAGUACCAAUGAUCCAAAUAAACGCGACAACCUUUGUGAUAUUCUCAUCAUUUAGCUGCCAUCCUGUCCUGAACGGCUUCACCAAAGCGUGGUAUCUUUUUGCUUCUAGUACCGUUAGAGUAAAUGAUGAAACAGCAAUGGAGAUGUCAGUUAGAGGUAUAAUCUUGCAAGAGAUCCUUCCAAAUCCUUCACUUAGAUACCCAUUUUGAUGGGAGAAAAAGAAGAGAGGUGCCAUAAAAAUGGUGAUAAUAUCACUUAAAGCCAGGUUUACUAAUAGAUAAUUAGUUUUCGUGUGCAUCGUUCGUUUUUUGUGGACAAUACGGAUAACCAACACGUUUCCGAUGAAUCCCGCGAGAAAAGUUGGAAUCGUGGCGAAAAAAAAAAUCUGUUCUAAUUCAUUUUUUCCCAUCAUAAUCGUCUUUGCAAUGCUUGCGUUAAUUGACAUCUCAAAGUUGUCAGCAACUGUCAAUGUUUUAAUAGUUGCUCAAUACCUACCUUAUAUAUCAGCCAGGCCGUUUUGCCAUAUUUGCAUUAUCAAUAGGACAUUUCAAUUAUUUAAGGUGAAAACCUUGUUAGUACUGUAGACUGUUCCGGUUAAUGUUAUUUGCGCUUGCAUACAAAGGACGUUUGUUUAAUUUGACGAUGUUUGCUGACGCUUUAAUCACUUGGAGUUUUAAUAAUUUUCUCUGGACCGUCGUUGACUUUGCCAGCAAUGAUUUUUAAACACUAAAAAUUUGUUAUCCUUUUGAUCAGAAGGUGCCACGUACGAUAUCAACUUUCUUGACAACUUCUUUCGCGAAACAAAAAAUUGGAAGGGCAAGAGCUAGCCAAUUUAGCUUUGAUAUCUCACUCAUUCAGUCUUAAGGUAAAAAAUGACUGCAUAACUGAGUGUUACCACUGAAAGCGCGACAAAAGCUUUCAAAACUUUGAGCAUCUGCUUCGCCUAUCUGAUAAUUACUCAGAACGACAGAUGUUGUUUUGCAGGCUGGAAACUAGAAAACGGGGAAAAGCAAAUGGCAAUUAAGAGGAAAUGACUACGACGCUCAUAGUCAAUUAUCAAUUUUCCGUCAGGAAAAGCACGCUACUGGACUGAACUUGGAAAACGCAGACUGCGCCUUCCAAUCCAGCCGUCAUCCUUUUCUGGAGACCAACAUGGCAGCCCUUCAAAGGAUAUGGUUUUUUGUUUAAUACUUUUGCCGAAUGAUGCCAUGACGAGUCACUUUCGAGCUUUCGCUACACCAAUGUCGAAUUUAUACCGUUUCCAAAACAUAGGCGCCUUUUCAUCGCCAGAGGAUCGUAAAGUUUCCGCCAGCUUGGUCAGUGAUGCCACGAAUGCUCGUAUCAAACGUCAUGGCCAAGCUAUCUAACUACUGGUUACCUUCAACUUCUAUUUUUAUUAUUUCAUCGUUUAGCAGCUCCAACAAAGAAAAUUCUAAAACCCUUGCGCCCAAACCUGAUUUCGCCUAUUGGUCAAUUUGAGGUCUCGAGUGAGGGGAACUGGGCAAAAUUGCGUCGAACUGCACUGUGGGAAUGUUUGGGGACGAAAUUUGCCCCAGCUUCCUCUAUAACCUUGUAAUGGCUAAAAGAGAAGGAACGAUAGCGGCCCCAAAACAGUCCUAUAGUGCAACUCGGUCUAAUAACGACCCAGUCUAAACCGUCAACUCAAAAUGAUCAGGCGCGUGAGCAUCAAAAAUGUGGUUGUUCCAAAACUUUCUUAGCGGAGCUCCAGUGAGGGUAGCGUAGGUGGACGACUGCCAUAUUCCAAGCCUAGUCUACCGUGAUCAAACUUCGUGCUUUUUUUGGAUGCUCAUAUAAGACUAUUACCUCGAUGUAAGAUUUGUUUCACUUUUGGACUGUUUGCAAUUUGACCAAUUUAUUUUUUUCUCUAAAAUCAUUUAGCUCUUCCCUAAAAAGUAAAGUUAACUACUUUGUGGAUUACAAGUUUAUUGUGUGAUAUAAAUCAUAAAGUUAUUAACGGGAGCUUCGCUUUUAGCCCUGGCUAAAUCUAUAUAUUAUCAACAUCUCCUUUACUACAGUCCUUCCACCCCUACACGAGUUUUACCAACCUUAGCAAUGCGUAGGGGAUCCUUUAUUUGACAUUUGUUGAACUCUUUGCUGAUCAUCAAGCCAAACCUGCAUGUACAUGGCAAGUUGAGCGUGCUGAAAUGACGUACGGUGCUCUUAAACCUUAUACAGUUAACUCUUUAUUAACGGCCAGCUCUAUAAGACUAUAAGAAGACGGUCUCUCCUUCUUUUUAGUUUUUUUUUCACGGAUCCGAGUAAAUCAUAAUUUGUUGUAAAUUAUUGUAAUUUGCUUACCAUGAAGCACUCAGGCCGGGUUCAUAAAAAAACGCUUAAACAUGUCCAUGCGUUCCAGAUCGAACUGGAAUUUGGAAGUGGUGGUUUUUGAGGAAAGGGGAAAACCAGAGUGACUGGAGAAAAACCUCUCGGAGCAAGGGAGAGAACCAACAACAAACUGAAACCAUAUACGGCGUUUAUUGUGUUUUUUCUUUAACAUUAUUCCAAUCAGAAGUGAUUGACUUUCAAGCUGUUUCUUUAUUUUGCAGAUGUGGACACAGAAAUCCAAUUAUCUCUCAAACCUGAGCGCUUACUGUUUCAGAGCAAACCUAAGAGUAACACCGAAACGCGGUACCGCGAUAAUGUGGUAUAAUCACAUCAUCAACCAAUCAACUGGCUGGAUGUCCAGCCUCGACUCGCUAUCGUACCACGGUGGAUGUGACGUCAUCAAGGGCCAUAAGUGGAUUGUAAAUAACUGGAUAGAUAUUAUUGGAGAUAACUGGGACGACUUAAGGACUUGGAGCGGUAUACAUUACAGAAUAGAUGACAUGGAGCAAGAAUAA